AAAUUUAUGCUACAUACUCCUACAAAAUCUGAAGAAUCAAUAUUAAAGGAUCACUUACUUCAUAUAACUGUAUCUAAUGGUUUGGCUUUCAGGUGGAUUGAAAGUGAAGAAAACAACAUGCACCCAAUAUGCCAAUAUGACUUUGUUACAACAUGUCCAAUUCCAAAUACUAAUUGGACAUUUGGAUCCAAAUAUUGGACAAAUUGGACAUAUGAAAAAAGAAAAGAUAGAUUAGGAAAAAAAUUGAAUAAAACUUUACAAGAUCCAGCUAAUAACAUUUUGUUGAGGGAUUUGGAUGAAUUGGAAAAAGAAUUGGAAAAAUAUGAUAAUGAUGGUGAUGAAAAUAACCUACUUCCUGCCUGA